AAUACCUACUAAUCGCUUAUUCAGAAAUUUAUGAUAUUGAUAGACGGAAUUUACCUGAAGUCACAUUUUUCAGUGCAAGAGUGAUGUUGUUUUGUCAUUAAACAUGGAUUUCAAAGUAUUAGGAUUUUUGCUGUGUAUUCUUAUUGGAAAAUCUGUUGCUUCGCUGCGAUGUUACGCCUGCGGCUUCAACUCUAUGGAUACUGACCAGUCUUGUUUGACCAUAACAAACACAACACAUACCGUAGAAUGCCCCUAUACAUAUUGCACUAUAUUGAGGCAAGAAUUUAGGGAUCCUGCUGGAGUAGUGGCGAGUUUCGUUCGAGGCUGUGAAGAGGAUCCAGCGUUCCUCAACCAUGACGUGUCCGAUUGGACCUUUCAUACAUAUUAUAGAGCUUGCACUAGCAGCCUUUGUAAUACUGGUGAUGGAAUUCAAUCGGUAGUCGGAGGUAAUUUGUCACCAAGACCGCAAUUUGAAGGGUCAAAUCUACUCGUUCCUGGAACAGGAGGUGCAGCUCCAGGGUCCGGAUACACCACAUUUAUGCUACUUAUGUCUUUUAUUGUAACUUUUAGAGCAUUAAAAUAGUAAGUACUUACUUAAAA